AUGAACAGUCCACCGACCGAAAGGUCUGCCUCUGGCGACAUUCACUUUAUGACCACGCAUGACGAGCGAGUCUUUUGGCUCGACCAGGCUUGGAAGGGCCCAUGGUUCCCAGCAGACGCUAGAAUCGGCUGGCUGGGAACAGAUUCUUCCCUUGCAUUCUACAUGGUCAAGGUCACCCACGCCGCCAUCGAUCGAGGGAUCCCACUCGAUUCUCUCUGGGAUGCCGAGUCGCCCCAUGGGCACCUGAUUCGAGCUGUCAUGAAGAAGUCUACAACCGUGAAGAAUUCCGAGGGCUCUCAGCCUGAUAUUUUGACCCCCGAAAUUGUCACCAAGGCUUACGAAAUCAUCAUGGCCUCUGAGAAAACUGCACCAAACAACACACCUUCCGAACACUCAAGCGACAAGUCUGAUGACGGAGGUUCUAUCGACUUGCCUCACACUACUGAGACUGAGGCCCAAGCGACGACGACCGCGCGGUUCGAGCAGUUGGUCAAGACCGAGCAUGAGUUUCGGCUCAAGCGUCCCAUCGAACAGCAAGAUGGGCUCUCGGCGAUGCCUCUUCAUAUUCGUCAUGAGGAUCAGUCCAGUCCUCUGAAACGUCUCUUUCGAACAACUUCAUAUGUCUCUACCGGCACGCUAGGUCAUCAGCCGACCAGGGAAGCGACUGCAAUCACUGGUAUCGCGACCCAGGAAGAACCGAUCGAGAAGAACCUCCGGUCUCGGCCAGCACCUGAAGCAUACAUGGGCUCCCCAGACCUGUCGACGCGUUCCGAAACGUUUGUCAGUCCCCAUGGAUUGCUCCAACUCCCCUCCUCGCCCGUGCAGUCACCUGAGCACAAUCUCCUUCCAUAUGUUUCAUCGCCCCCAGCCGAUGAGCAACUCGAGAAAGCUCCGACUCCCACUUCUCCGACGACGCCAACCAAGAAACGCAAGAGGGACCUGACCAGCGCGUCCUCGCCGCUGGCACGCUCGGUCAGAAGUGAGCGACUCACGGGGCCACUGACAGUUGAAAAGAUCCUCCGUCAGCUCACCUGCGAUGUUCAGCUCACCGACGACGUUGUCGAGCUCGUCUGCCAAGCAAUCGUUGUCGAACACGGAGGCGACAACGUACGAGUUCUCAGCCCUCUGUGGUUCGAAGCAGACGAGCUCAGUGCUUUGCCCCAAACAAUUAGGAACCUGGACCAGGAGCAGACCAUCUGUUUUCCCAUUCACCACAAGUUCCCCAAGCAUUGGACAAUGGGUGUUGCGCGCGUGACUGCCGACCAAGUGGUGCUGACCUUUCACGAUUCCAUGCAGUCUUCUGAACGCGCUAAUGCCGUUCGACGACGAUUUAAGGAAUGGAUGAAAACAGUGAAACUCAAGCAGCCGCUCGCAUUCCAGACCAAGGAUUGCACCCAGCAGAAGGACGGCACCAGCUGCGGCGUUCACGCUGCUGUUUGCCUUCGCCGUGACCUACGCAAUGAGAGUUGCUGCGACCCGAUCGAACCUUUUUUAGAAAAGCGAGCAAUGCUGGAGGGCCUACGAACUGUCAGAGAGAUUUCUCCGAUCCAUUCGACCACUUUCCCCCUCCUCCGAGAGCUUCGAAGCCGAGAGAGUCUGGGCGCAGACGCGUCUAUCGUCUCGACACCUUGCCGUGGUGGUAACACCAUGCCCAUCACGACUCGACAAGAAUCUGAGGUCCAAGUCAUUCAACCUCAGAUGGGUCUUGGGCAUGUGCUUGAUGGCCUUCGCCUGGAGACAUUGCAAGGACGCCUCAAGGAUGCAGAGAAUCGACUCGACGAAGCGAUCAACUCCCGCGAUAACGCCCAGGACACGCUCCGAGAGCUAGAGCUCAGCCAGAGACUGAUCCACGACAUGUACCCCCGCAUCCUCUCCCACGUCCGGUCUUGCGGUAUCAAUAUGGAUGAAUACAGCGACGCCACGAUGGCAGUCGAGAGGAACGGGAUGCCCGAGGGGAUGGACCCGGGUGAAAUCUUUCAGCAACGACGAAACAUCAUGGGAGACUUUCUGAAGGCCUCUGAACGUGAAGGAGUCGACCACACUCUCGCGGCUAUCCGAGAGAACCAAGCCCAGAUUUUUGCCGACAUUGGCCACACCCAGCAGAUCCUUGGCCAGCGGAAUGAGGAAAUUACGAGCAUCGAGAACGAGGUUGCGAGUCUUGAAGAGAUUUGCGAGGCGAAGAAGGCAUUGAAGAAGUACUCUGGGCCUGAGUUCUUGGCCUAUUUCCAGUCCAUGCAAGGUUUGCUCACCCAGUACUGA